UUUACCUCACGUGGAAUGUGCCUGUCUGUGCCCCUCGCUCCCUCCCUCAAGCCUUCUCUCUCUUCCGUUUCUCGGGGUCGGGGCGUUCAAGUUGCAGCAACUCUCGAACUCCUUCCCCACCCUGUUUGUCCUUAAUCUCUGCGUUUCGCUUUCUGUUGAAAUGGCACAAACCAGCCGAAGCUCUAGAUCUUGGGUCGAUGGUAUUUACUGGAACCAUUUCAAAUUCACGCAUUUUGCCCAUCGUCUCCCUCCCGGUUUUGAUCAACACCUUGCACUUCCCAAAAGGUUUUCAGAUAGCUUGAAAAGGAAAUUGCCAGAUAAUGUGACACUUAAAGGUCCUGGUGGUGCUGAGUGGACUGUCAGAUUGUCAACUAGAGAUGACGUAUUGCACUUCACAGAUGGCUGGCAACAAUUUGCGCAAGAUCACUUUUUGGAAGAGAGUGAUCUCCUGAUCUUCAAGUACAAUGGUGAAUCACAGUUUGAUGUUCUAAUAUUUGACCAGAAGAACUUAUGUGAGAAGGUAGCUUCUUAUUUUGUUCGGGACAGUGGGCUUACAAAUAAGAGAAACAAAGAUAACUGUUUGGAAGAAGAAAAUAUCCCUUCUGAUAGCAAAGUAAAAGUGGCUUCGCCUAAGAAAUCUGCACAUGGUAAAAGUAAAAAGACUCGGAAAGCUACUGUGGAACGCACCCCUGCCCAGCAAACUAAGCGGAGAGGAAGAUCUAACCGAUCUGAUGCUCAUGCUGGAGAAAUUGACUGGCUUCCUGAUGUUGAACCUGCAUCCACGAGCAGAAAUAAGAUGGUUGAAGUAGUAGAUGCUUCAAGCAGAAGGGCUAUGAUAGAUAAUGCGAAGAAGAAUACCCUCCAAUUGGCUCAAGCGGCAUGCACCCCAGAUGGCUUCUAUGUAGUCAUGCGACCCUCGCACGUAUACAGGAGAUUCUAUGUGACAAUCCCUACCAAGUGGAUGACAGAGCAUUUUCCUCUACAAUCUGAAGAUGUGAUAUUACGUGUGGGAGAGAGCGAAUGGCUUGCUAAAUAUACCUUUGAAGCCACUCGUCACACCGGUGGACUGGCCAGUGGGUGGAAACAGUUUGCUGUGGACAAUAACCUGCAAGAAUUUGAUGUUUGUGUGUUUAACCUAGCAGGGUUAGGCAAGAAGCCACUGACCCUGGAAGUGAAAAUAUUUAGAGUUGAUGUGUAGGGAAUUCUGGAGGAGAAAACUAACAGGUCGCCCAAGCAUAUACAAAGUCCAUGCCUCAAUGAAAGAUAUGUAACAUAAUUCUGUUGUCUAAAUAUGCGUAGUUCUGCGUGUGUGUGUGAGGGAGGGAGAGAAGCUAAUUUGUAGUGAUUUGGCCGCAGGCUAUGUUUCACGUUUUGCGUGAUAGUUUUGGAUAAAAUGCGGUCUCCCCAGAUGUAAUUUAUCCAUUAAAUGAUCUAGCAGCACUUGUUUAUUCUUA